AUGACCUCCGUGCCUUUGGGAGAGGCCAGAGCCGCCAGCAUCCCCACACAUGGUGAGAGCAGGUCAACAGACAUCCCAGCAGUGGGGUCCCGAAGUCAGGUCCCCCUCCUCGCAGAUGUCCCAUUGGCUCACAGCACCGCAGUGUCAGCUGACCAGCGGGAUGUAGACCAGGCCUCCGUCCAGCCAGCCACCUUGGAGGCCGUGUCAGAGUCUGGGGACAAGGACAAGCAUGAAGCUGCCGUAGGAUCUGCCCAGGAGCCCACGGAGGUCCUGCUUGCUUACUUGGCCCCAGAUGCGCUGCAAACAUCCAGGGGCCUCCAGAGCCUGCUGCAGGACGGGCCGCUGCAAGAUGCGAGGAUGACCCAGAGUCCUCAGAGCCUCCAACACACCUCCCCAACUGAGGAGGAGCAGGAGACACCGCAAACAGCGGGCAUCUCAGACAUGGAGCCGGAACCAGCCUCAUCUCUCCCAAGUGUUCAGGUGCAGCCCCCCCAAAAUGCGGAGGCACCGCCUGUCGUGAGCGCUGCAGACGCCAAUGGCCAGCUUGAUACUCUGGCCACUGGCACCACUGAAGCUGUUGAGGAGAAAUCUGAGGGUCCAGAGGCCUUGGACCCUGACACAGACACUGCACCAUCGGCCCCCGCCUUGCCUGGCUGCCGACAGGUGGCCCUGGGGAGGAGGCGCCUGGACUUCAUGGCCAGAGAGGAGAACAGCUACAUGCGCUCUGUGACCAGCUUGCUGGGCGGGGGCGAGGGGCCCAUCAGCUCCCUGGCAGACAUCCUGGUGUGGUCUGAGACCACCAUGGGCAUGACCAGGGGCAUCCUGGCCCCUGGCCACGGCUCCAUGACAGACCUGCUACGCAGCACAGGGCCCCACCUGCACCCCGCCUCCAGCAUCCUGGGGAGCCCCAGCGCCGCCUUCUCCUCCGGGCUGGUAGUGGGGACCAGCUCGGCCCUGCGCUCCAUCACCCACAUGCUGGAACUGGCAGAGCGCAGGACCAUGGAGGGCAUCCGCUUGGCCGUGCGCUACCUGACCAGCCACCUCACCUCUCGCCAGGCCCACACGGGUCCCAACCUCAACUAG